AUGUUCUCCUUCAUCUUCAUGAACAACAACAUCAUCAACACCAUCAUCAACACCAUCACCAUGCCACUUGCGUUGACUCUGAUUGUCAUGCUCGUCGCCGCCAUGCCUGUCAUUGCUCAGCAGCUCAUCAGUCGAGUUGCAGUUGCACCAGCAGUCCACAGUGUCAUCGCCACCCAAACCACCACCAUUGUUGCAGGCGUCCGAGCCAUCUUCGGAUCCAUUUCCAUUGCUGCAGUCGGUCGAACCGUUUCCGAUGCUAUUGGAGGGAUCACCAACAUAAUCAAGAGCUUUAUUGGCAACGCCACCGUUCUCAACAGCCAAAUCUUUGCUCUUCCAACCAGCGAAACCUAUCUACAGCUCAUUGUCCGAGCUCCACGCGAUCUGGUCCUUAUGGCCACACGAGCCAUCAUUGUCAGAGCCACACGAGCCAUCGUCGUGAGAGCAACACGAUCCUUGGUACUCUUUGCUGCACGAGAAUUGGUGCUCAGAGUUUCUACCUGUACCGACCUGGUCAUUCUUGGCUCAAGCGACUUGGUUCCCUUUGGUCCGCAAGACUUGAUCAUCAAAGUUUGUGCAGAAGCCUUGGCCCAUUGCAUCACACCUGUCUUUGCAUUUGUGGGCCAAGAAGUCCUCAAUCUUCCCAUGAACCAAACCUUCAGCUCUGAGGGAAACAUGAUGCCAUGGUCGCCAUCUAUUCUUCCAAUCUACUCAUUUGGAACGGCCAUGACCUCGACACUUUCCAGCUUGACCCGCAUCAUGACAGGUUUUUUCAAGCUUACUCUUAAGACGUGUGUCCCAGUCUUUGCUGACUUGAUCUUCCUCUUGCUCUGGACACUUGCAAGUUUCAUCUGCGUCAUGAUGAAUCUUGCCAACCUUACCCUCCAGCGAAGCAUUGAAACGACCAAGCCCGUGGUCCGAGUCUUUACUGAUUUGAUCUCUGCACUUUCAAGCUGGGUUUGCAUGUGGAUCUCGGCUCUUUCUAUUGUGAGCUGCACCAUGACUAGUCUUGUCAAGCUUGCAGUCCAGGGAAUGCUUGAACAGUAUCCUGGCAAAGUCAAGUACUAUUGGGUUGUGGUACUGCCGAAUUUCUGCCUCAAGGUCGGGUGUGAUUACCUUGGCCAAGGUCCUCAAAGAACCAACCCACCAUCGUCUGGUAAAACAAUUAUUGGAUCUUACAAGCGCAAGAUGGCAAAGAAGCGAUAUGACCAGAAGUUCAAGGAGAUGAGAGAGCGAACUGAACGCUCGUUCCGUCUCGAGGCACAAAUACCUGGGACUCGAAUUAAUUUGUUUCAAACCGAAUGGGAAUGGGCUGUCAUUCGACGAAGCAACGAUGAGACAACCUUGCUCAGCCAAGAAUAG